UUUGUUAUGUUUUCGCCUUAAGUGACCCAACGUUCCUUCUAUCGCUAUCCCCGUUAACCUAAUCACCUGAAGACAUCUCUGUCAUCUCUCCAACUCCUCAGGUCAUACGCUUCCGGCGACACCAGAGGCUUGCACAAAGUGUUCUUUUUAGUUGUUAUAUUGGAAUAAUCGCUCAAGUUCCUUCUCCACUUCAAAGUUGCAGUUUCGGCUAAUCCAUUUCUGGGAAGCUCGCAAACAUGCCAAAGGAGGCAUCCUUAUCGGGAUUGAGAUGCUGAUGAUUGAUGAACAAGGCACUGUCGCCCAGUGGUUCAUUGCUCAAAACCGUGUUACAGCUCAAGCGUGGAAGCAUCUACACUUUGACAAACUUCUUUGCAUCCAACAGCAAGGUGAUGUACGGUGUGGCUGACCAGAAGCUGGUUAUUUGUAUCACACAUACCUCUAUCCUGUCAAAGCUUGAAGAAAACAUUGAAGGCAUUCCGUCUCAGUGCUUCAGGAUCCAUUCCUUUGCAGAUUUUGAAGCCAACUGUGAUCUUAGAGGGGAUCUUCAUGAUGUUGUUAGUCACCUUAAGUUGGUUGACGGCCAGGCUCUCCAUCAACGUCCGGUUUUACGUACCAAGGAUGGCUCAACUUCACAGAAAAUUAUGGUCCCCCUGCAGCUUAAAGAUGGUCCUGUUAUGAACGUCUACCUAUGGGACCAAGCUGCAGACUAUCCUUAUGAACAUCGAACAGACUAUCCUUGACUGUCACAAAAAUAGUCUCCCCUGCAGUCUUACCACCUAAGGAUCGCCCACUUGACAUGCCUCCCAUGCCUAUUUCUUCGAGCCAAAACAACCACACAGCCAGUGAAGUAGAUAGCUCAGUGGUGACUGAGAGCAGUGGUGGAGGGUUUUCCUAUGCAAACAGUCAUCCCAGCUCAGCAACUGACGAGGAGAAGAAACCAAAAUGCAUUAGGCGUAAUGGUUGAUCAUCCUGCACUCAUGUCACUCAAUCAAUGGUUGGUACAGACUGCCCAGCCAGCAUGCUUUUCUAAUAACAAUUUUUUUUUUUUCCGCUUUGUCGUUUUGUUUCCUUCUGACAGUGUGCUAUUGGCUUUCUUCUUUAGAGUGGUUUGGUUUUGCACCGAGGCUUGGUUAUGCAUUUAUAAAACUUUUUACGUUCACCUGUUC